AUGAACUAUACAUGUAUACCGGAUCUAACCUAUAUAGACACUCCUGAUUUCUUAUUGACAGAUAUGCACAUUAUCACAGGAAUAUCUACACCAAUUCAUUUUCUUGGACUAUACUGUAUCAUUUUUAAGACUCCUAAGCAGAUGAGGAGUGUGAAAUGGUACAUGCUAAUUUUGCAUAUUUAUGUUAUGAUAUUUGACUACUCCUAUACAAUUAUGACAGUCCCUUUUGUUCUAUCACCUUUUGCUGCGGGCUUUCCACUUGGUCUGCUUCGUCUCACAGGAAUGUCAGUUGUUGCACAGUCAAUAUAUUUUAUAAUAAUUUACUUUUUUAUGUUAAACGGAAUAGUUUCGAUUUUCGAAAAUAGGUUUUAUAAAAUUUGCUCGUUCACCUCGAAAAAUACGUGGAAAUUUUGGAGGAUUGUAUGGCUAGCUGGGCAUUAUGUAAUAGAGGUCCUGCUGAUCCUUCCUAUAAAAUGUUUUGUUCCAGAACAGACACAUGCACUACAAUACGUGUUUCAGAACCUUCCAUGUCUACCUAGAUAUAUAUACGAUGGUCCGGUUUACGUGGUUGCUGAAGACAUCACUUACCAUUUUUCAUUUAUUUUCUCAUUGCAUGUGCUUAUUUGUUUCGAAGUGAUUUUCUUUUUCGGAUAUCUUAUUCGGAGCGGUCGUCAGCAACUGAAAGGAAAAACAAUGUCUCAAAGAACGUUUCAGUUGCAGAAAAAGUUUUUUAUAGCACUCAUUUCUCAAGUUUGUGUGCCAUCAGUUUUCUUUAUUAUUCCACUAAUCUACGUUGUGAUAACAAUUUUAACGAAAUAUUAUAAUCAAGGAUAUCUUAAUAUUGCAUUCACAAUUAUCGCUAUGCAUGGACUUGUUUCGACAUCUGCAAUGCUUUCACUUCAUCAACCCUAUCGGGAAACAAUUCUGAAUACGUUUCAAAAAACACCAAGAACCUUGUCCAAGAUCCAAAACUUAAAUGAUAAGCGGUUGCACAGGUGCUCGGCUCGUGUAGCUCAUAUUUCACCUGGUUGA